AUGUCUGAGUUUCCGUCACCGGAGGACGGCGGCGGAGAAAUGACCGCACACGACAAUGUCGGUUCUAAGCGCCACCGUCGACCCAACGUCAGAUUAGGCGACGUUGGGGGUUCCGGCGCCGGUGAGUAUUCUUCUUUCGAACAACGAAGGGUCAAGAACAACAAGGCUACGAAGAAUAAUCGCCAUAAUCAAACUCUUGCUCUUGUUGUUACUAACCCUAAUGAACAUAGAAGUGUUGAGGAAGACGAUAACACGGAUGCGAAUUUGGAUGAUGUUGCAAUUGGCAGUUGGAAGAUUAAGAAUUUGAAAUCCAAGAAGGGCGCUGGCGCGAUAACCAAGAAAAUGAGGACGGGUUGGACUUCGAAAUCUAAUGAUAAAAUGCUGAGUACUGAUGUAGAUGAUUUGGAGAAUAAUGAAAACUCAGUGCAAAGCCCAGUUGAUCAUUACAAAAUUAAUGAUGAUAAUGUGAACAUGUUUAUUGACAUUGAUAGAAGGAUUGGUAAUGUGAAUGUGAAUAGUAGUAGGAAGAGGGGAACUAGGGUUUCUGAGGAUGGCCAAACUGAUCCAGAGGCUCGGGAUUUGAACGUUGGCUCGGAGAGGAAUGGGGUUAAGGUGUGGUUGAACCAGUUGGGACUUGGCCAGUAUGCGUCUUUGUUUGAGAUUCAUGAGGUUGAUGAUGAGGUUUUGCCAAUGCUGACAUUGGAGGAUCUUAAGGAUAUGGGAAUCAGUGCAGUUGGAUCGCGAAGGAAAAUGUAUUGCUCAAUUCAGGAUCUCAAUAAAGAUUUCUCAUGA